UGUUCCGUGGGGCAUGGGUAACAAUGUAACCAGUAACGUAGGUAGUGGUUUGUCGGCACCCUUGGUUAAUAACCUACCGGGGAUUGCAAUCGAUGGGGUUUCCGGAAAUCCGAAACCUAUCCCUCGCGUUCAGUCUACAUCAUUGAUUGGGGGGCAUGUUUCUCAGUCAUUAAAAGACAAAAUAUGGCGGAAUGAGUAUGUAGACAUGUCACUGUUGUUCGCGGAUAGUGCUUCGGAGGUACUUGCGCGGUCUAACAAAGCGGAAGAAGUCGCGCUAGUCAUUGAAAAUGACAAGAUGUUUUUGCGUUCAAAUCAGGUCAAAACAAGCCGUCAAAAGAAAAUGGACACAUGGGACAAGUGGGUGUCAGCUUUUCAUACUUUUAUGGCAAUAUACCUGGUUAAGUUUCCUUCUCGGGUUAACGAACUACUGAAAUACACUGAGAUUGUCCGCACGGCAUCGGUUCAGUUCCCUGGCCGCAGUUGGCGAUUAUAUGACGAACAGUUUCGUCUCCGGCUUGAAGCCCAGCCCCACAAAUCUUGGGGUGAGCUUGAUGUCGAAUUGUGGCUGACGGUCGCGUCUUACGAAGCGGCCCCUGCCGCAUUCGGAGGGGCACCGCGGGCUGCACCGCACACGGUCACUCGCUUAUGCUUUGCGUUCAACAGUCCGAACGGCUGUAAGUUCGUCAACUGUAAAUAUCAGCACAAAUGCGCUGCAUGUGGUCGUCACGGACACGGUUCACCAACAUGCAGAUUUCCUGGCGUACACACGCGCCUCCAAACAGGGGGGGCAAGGGGGUUUUCGGGGAAAGGCUAUGCACACUCUGUUCAACAAACAGCCUUGGCCGGCAGUCAGGUAGAUUCAGCUGGAACAAAGAAAAAUGCACAUGCUUUGGUGACUGGGAAAGCUAAUUUUCGUGCUCCCAACCCCAAUUAAAUUGUCGGUGCUGCACUCGCUGCUUUGCGAUUAUGACAACAUUUUAGACAAAGCAAUUUUGUUGGAAGGGUUUUCCAAGGGUUUUUCAAUUGGAUACAGUGGCCCUAGGAUUCGUAGGGAUUCGGACUGCCUUCAAUCAGCUUCAUCGAACCCGGAUAUGGUCAAACUGAAAUUGGAAAAAGAAAUUCAAGCAGGCAGGAUUGCCGGGCCUUUCGCGCACCCCCCCUUUGAAAAUUUGCAAUGUUCACCCAUCGGGUUAGUACCCAAGAAGGAACAGGGCACU